CAGACAUUUAAUGCCUCACUCUGAUCUGUCAUCUGCUCCAGAUAGACUCUUUGCAGGUCAAGGAGUCCCUUUUCCUUCUCUAAACCUCCCUCCCGCGUCGACGCGAUCUAAGUUCAACCGUUAAUCUGAAACGGCAACUUUCUUUGCCCUGGUCCUGGUCUGACCCUUGCCAUCCCAAGUCAUCCGACUGCGUCCGUCCAUAUGAUCGUCUUUCAUGAAGAGCCAUUGCUGAUUUUCAUAUUACUCUGAUUUAUCAUUACCGUACAGACCUGCAUCUCGAUCGCUGCGCUUGAUAUCUAUCAACCAACGAGCUCCGUCUCCGCGUUUUACCUCACCUGAACACCGGGCUUCACGAUUAUGACCCACUCACUACUAUGCCUAUGGCUUGUUGCGUUUGCAACAAUAUCUACUGCCGUUGAUACUGCUAACUCGACUCCUUCUCCAACGAGCCCUUCGUUAUCUACGCCGUCGCCGGAACCUGCCUCCACACCCAGCCCAUCUCCUGUUCCCGAAGGGGAAUGUAAGCUCUUGGGUCCCUUCUCGCUCCUAGUCCAGGUUGCUUUAGGGGCGAUAGCUUUGCUGUCGCUAGUCUAUAAGAGAUGGAAGGAGAGGCCUCAACGACCGUUGAAGGUGUGGGCAUUUGAUGUUUCAAAGCAAGUGUUCGGAUCGUCGAUGCUACAUCUAGCGAAUAUCUUUAUGUCGAUGUUUUCCGCCGGUCAAUUUGAUAUCGCCAGGAAAUACAAUGCCAAUCCUUGCUCGUACUAUCUGUUAAAUCUGGGUAUUGAUACCACAUUCGGGAUCCCGAUCCUAAUGCUCAUAUUGCGCAUUUUGAACUACUUCGCCUCGUACACGCCACUUGCGGAUCCUCCAGAAUCCAUCGAAUCCGGGAACUACGGUAAUCCACCUCGUGCUACUUGGUGGUUCAAACAAUCUAUGAUAUACUUUGUGGGACUCCUCGGCAUGAAGAUAUGCGUCCUGUUCAUCAUUCAAUUAGUACCUUUCAUUGUCCAAGUGGGCGACUGGGCCCUACGAUGGACAGAGGGUAACAUGGUGGUGCAAAUAAUCUUCGUCAUGCUUCUUUUCCCUGUUACAAUGAAUGCAAUUCAAUAUUACAUCAUCGACGCCCUCAUCAAGAAACCGAAUCCCGUUCAAUAUGACUCUUUAGCUGAGCGUGAUGAUGAGAUUGCCGAUGCGCUUAUGGAUGAUGACCGCCACCGCCGCAGUGCGCUGCUAGCAGCCAUGGACAGUGAUACAUCCGACUCUGAUGAUGACUUAGCAGGGAAGACCGGGGAGGCUGACUCGCGCAGGUCGUCUUUCAGCCGGGAUUCGUCUGGUGAGUUUUAUCGGGCAGUCAAUACGGUGCAUGAGGGUAGCUUGUCGGCAGCUUCAGAAGGCUCCAGCAAUAUCAAUAGUGAAUACCGCCGGUCAGCUAUAAAACUAGCAGCGCAGAGAGGCUACUAGGCUAUUCUCCCUACAUGAUUGGCGUUUAUACAUGGAUGGCGUUAUGGUUACGUUGUUAAGGUUUAUGACCUUGUUUAUUGGUCUGCCCUAUUUCUACUUUUUGAAUAUUUUUAUUUAAACGAGCAAUAGACAUGUCGAAUGAACCAUUUCCAAUGUACGAGUAGUGUG